AAAAAUUAGUGGAGCCUACUGUUUUGUCCUUUGAACCGCUUUCAUUAUCGCCGUCAAAUCUUGCAGUAUCAGAACAUUACUACGCCUCAACCUCGCUCCUAUCAACUGCAAAGCAAACCGUCCACAAAUACACAAACAAGAAGUAUGAGCACUGAACACAAGAACGGCGUAGGGGCACAAGAUGAAGAGGAGGAUGAUUACAUGAACAUGUCCUUUGACGACCCAACACCUGUAAAAGAGACAUCCAUACAGCGUACACAACGAUUGAAGCGUGAAUCGCGCGCACGUGGUAUCAUCAAGUCAAAAGAGCAAAUCGCAGAGGAAGAAGAAGCCGCACGUGAAAAGGCUCUCUCAACCUCAAUGCUUGACGAUGCCAAAGCGAAAAAGAGCAAAGGACUCGCCAUGAUGGCCAAGAUGGGGUUUACAGGCGGUGGGCUAGGAAAAAAGACAGAAGAUGGAGCUGCUCCCGGGCGCACAGAGCCCAUCAAGGUCAGCGUGAAGGACGACCGUGGAGGUAUUGGGUUGGAUAAUGAAAAGAAGCGCAAAGUCAGAGAAGCAGCUGAAGAGAGGGACAUGAAAGCUGUUAAAAUGGACCCAGACGAGUAUCGCGAGCGUGUGAGAAAAGAGCGCGAGGAUGCAAGGCUUGAGAAGCAGUUCUUUGCAGCCCAGCGCACGGCAGAGAGGAUGGACGAUGAGAAGACAGAAGUUUAUGGCCCUGGUGCUUCACUACCAGAUUCUAAAGAUGAAAAGGAAAAGUCAAGACUGAUAUCAUCCCGCCCUCUCAAGUCGAUACCAAUCAUUUAUCGCGGUCUAGUCAGACACAGAGACGAAGUAGAACGCGACCGACGUAUGCGCUACGAUCUUGAGCAAUCACUAUCGCGACUACCAACAUACGAAGACGACCAGGAAGAUGCAGACGACAAGAGGGCAUUGGGGAAGGGACAUGCGGUGUAUGCUACGGCUGAAGAUCUCGACGAAGAAGACGAGGAGCUGGACCAGUUCAAUGAGCUCGAGAUUGGGGAGCGAUUGAAGAGCGUGUUGGAGUAUCUGAGAGAGAAGCACCAGUAUUGUUUCUGGUGCAAAAUGGCCUAUCCUGAUGCUGAGAUGGAGGGUUGUCCAGGUUUGACCGAGGAGGAUCAUGAUUAACUGUGACAAUGCCAUGUCAUGACUAUUUUAUGAGAAAUAGAUAGACACCUCGUGUUGUUUUAACCGAUAUUAACACAAUAGGAAAGCUUCGAGACAUCAUUUUUCAUCACAAAGGCUGCUUUCAGCAAUAUCCUCACGCCUAGAUGGAAGGCGUAUUGCUUGCCUAAGGCAAUCUUUAUUGUCUUCCUCGUUGCAUUAUGAGACCAUGUUAGAUUCAGGUUGCAUAUCUGGCCUGGACUCAAUGAGUUGUCACCACAGAAACGCCUCAACAGAAAUUUCUCGAUUUUUAUCUCACUCAACCACAGUUCCUCAACCAUUGCCAUGGCGUCUCAACAGAUAAGCAGAUAAUGAGUAGAUAUUUGGUGGGUCAUGAUAGAAGGAUGUGAGUACAAGACCAAUUUGCACAAGAUAUCGUCUAUGGGUUACUAUGGUCGUAGGCUUUAAGGUAAAGCUGCUCAGCACAAGGCAAGAAAGGUUCAGAAUUGAUACUAUGCUCCAAUAAAUAUUCAACAAGUCCAUAAAAUUCAUGAAAUAUCAC